CCCGCGUACCGCAGCCCAGGCGCCUCGGUGCUUGCCGGGCAGUGCUGAGGCCGUGUGCCGCUGGGACUGAGGCGAUUCGAUGCGCUUUGUUAAUAUGAUGAUUUGUAAUCUAUACAUUUUGUAUUUUGGAUGCAUAAAAAUAAUUUAGCUUGCCUUGCUGCAAUGUAAAACACAAGGAGCCCUGGAAUACCUUUCUCCCUGUUCGGAGCACCUGGUGCUGGUCCUUGGUGCCACUCCGAGGUCCAUCCACCCCUUCUUAUGAAAUGGAGAAUCCUGAAGUGACUGUGAGCAGCUGCAGUGCACAUGAUGAUGAAAACCUUUGCAGCUACAAACGACACUCAUCAGUAUCACAGGAGGCACUUUUGGAAGACCAGCUUAGAAGGAAGUUAAAAUUUUUCUUCAUGAACCCGUGUGAGAAAUUUUGGGCCCGGGGCAGAAAGCCUUGGAAACUUGGGAUUCAGUUACUCAAAAUAGUAAUGGUUACAGUUCAGCUGGUGGUUUUUGGGUUGAGCAACCAAAUGGUGGUUGCCUUCAAAGAAGAGAACACUGUUGCAUUCAAACAUCUGUUCUUGAAAGGAUACAUGGACGGAAUGGAUGAUACCUAUGCUGUAUACACACAAACAGAUGUCUAUGACCAGAUAUUCUUUGCAAUAAACCAGUACCUCCAGCUGCCCAACAUCUCUGUUGGAAAUCAUGCUUAUGAGAAGAGGGGAGCAGAAGAGACACCUCUGGCUGUUUGUCAGCAGUUCUACAAGCGAGGAAUCAUCUGUCCUGGAAACGACACCUUUGAUAUAGACCCAGAGAUUGUGACUGACUGCUUGUACAUUGAGCCAACGACUUCACUAGACAACACCACGAUGGGAAAGCACAAUUUGAAUUUCACUCUGGAUUUCCCCAGGCUGGUGGCAGUGCAGCUCAUGUUCAAUCUGAAGGCAAUCAACCUCCAGACCGUUCGUCACCACGAGCUCCCCGACUGCUACGAUUUCACUCUGCGGAUCGUGUUUGAUAAUAAAGCACACAGUGGAAGAAUUAAGAUAAGUCUAGACAAUGACAUAGCAAUCAGGGAAUGUAAAGACUGGCAUGUUUCUGGAUCAAUACAGAAGAACACUCAUUACAUGAUGAUCUUCGAUGCUUUUGUCAUAUUGACUUGUCUGACUUCAUUGAUCCUUUGCACACGAUCAGUGAUUAAAGGAAUUUGGCUCCAAAGGGAAUUUGUAAGCUUUUUCCUGUAUUAUUAUAAGAAAGAAGUAUCUUUCAGUGAUCAAAUGGAAUUUGUCAAUGGCUGGUACAUCCUAAUUAUAGUUAGUGAUGUCCUAACUAUUGUUGGAUCAACUCUAAAGAUGGAGAUACAAGCUAAGAGUCUGACAAGUUAUGAUGUCUGCAGCAUACUCUUAGGAAUAUCUACCAUGCUUGUGUGGCUUGGAGUCAUCCGCUACCUAGGUUUCUUUCAGAAGUAUAAUCUUCUCAUCCUAACACUGCGAGCAGCAUUGCCCAAUGUAAUGAGGUUCUGCUGUUGUGCUGCUAUGAUCUACCUGGGCUAUUGCUUCUGUGGAUGGAUUGUACUGGGACCAUACCACGUGAAGUUUCGCACUCUGAACAUGGUUUCUGAAUGCCUUUUUUCACUAAUCAAUGGAGAUGACAUGUUUGCCACCUUUGCAAAAAUGCAGCAGAAAAGUUACUUGGUUUGGUUAUUCAGUAGGAUCUACCUCUACUCCUUCAUCAGUCUGUUCAUCUAUAUGGUGCUGAGUCUCUUCAUUGCACUCAUUACAGAUACAUAUGAAACAGUCAAGCACUACCAGCAAGAUGGCUUUCCAGAGACAGAACUUCAGAGAUUUAUAUCACAGUGCAAAGACUCACCAAACUCUGGGAGGUACAGGUUAGAGGAGGAAAGUUCUGCAUCUCUCUUCUGUUGUUGUAAUGGUUGUAGUGGACAUAUUUAAUGGAUUGUGGGAGUGUAUCAUGGAGGCUUUAAAGCAGCACACAUUGCAAGAACUUGACAAUGGAGCUGGUGGAAAACCUUAUUUCUGAAGACUUAAUUUGCUUUUCUCAAAAAACAGUGUAAGCCUGUGGCAGAAGUUUAUGCUAAACUUACAGACUUUUGAUUUGACACUCACUGCUAGUUCAGGGGGGUUGGGAUGGUUUUUAGUAGUUUUAUUCUAUUUGAUUCCUUAGCUAAUUUAUGCUAGAAUGCAAAGGGCAUAAAAACCUGUUUGUGUUCAGAGACUUGUCUAGAUUAUAAAAGUAGAAUAUAAAUGUAGUAACUUCAACUCUAAGUAGAACUAGUGCCAGACAACUUCAGCUUUGAACACCAACCUAGCCCUCAGUACUGCAGCCUUUAUCUGUCUAUGGCUGACCUGUUACUGAAGGAAUGAAAGCUCACUAGAGCCCUCAGCAUUUUUUGGUUUUUUGCACUCACAGUAAAAAUAAAUACUAUGAAAUUUGGUGUAAUUUGUUUCUGGAGUCAUUACACUGAGUUGAUACACAAACCACUCAAAUAUAGCUGAAAGCACAAAAUAAAUAUUUCUUUAAACACAAGUACCACUGGAUGUAAGUGGCAAUCUAUUCUCAGAGAGGCUGGGAUGUGCCAGGCUGAACUGAAGUUUCAGGGAUGAGCUGAGUGGAGAAAUGUUCUCAUGUAUCAAGCACUGGGCAGAGUCAGUUACAGUCUUCAGCUUAACAGCAUUUGGAUCUUAUGUUUUUAAAGGAAAAAUCAGACAAAAACCCUUCCAAAAUACCUAUUUUUAAAAAAUUUGAAAUCUUCCUCUGGCAUACAAGUCUGUAAACCUGAAGUCUAAACUGAUUUAAAGACAUAGGAGAUAUGUUUCUGAGAGUCUAAUCUCUCCACACUUUAGAAACUGGAUGUUUCCUAGCAACCUAAUAACCUGCUACUGUCAGUGGCUGGAUGAAACAUUAGCUCUUACAGAAGUUCAGUUUUGACAACUUAGUUUAUAUUCUUUGUUGAUUGUGAUACUAUUUAAUGGAUGCCUUAUUUUCUAUAGUCUAUUCACUCUGGGAGCAGAAUAGAAAACUAAAGGGAAACAUAUUUUAGAGAACUUGCAUUUGUG